AGAUGCUCGUGUUUCUGAAACGAUCUCAAGCGAAAAAACAGCCUGCAGUCUCACUCUCUGGAGCGCGCGAGCCAUGCAGCCCAUCCUCCCUCCACUUCCCAUCAUAUGCGUCCAGACCGUGUUGCUGCUGUGUAGCCUCCUGCAGGUUCAAGCAGUGGAGAAUGUUGAUUUCGGCGAGCAUGUGGAGAACCAGACGGGCGUGAGGGAUAGUCUGAGCAGAAAGCAUCACAGGGUCUACCAGCUGUACAGCAGGACCAGCGGCAAACAUGUGCAGGUGCUCGGCAGGAAGAUCCUGGCCAAGGGAGAAGAUGGGGACAAAUUCGAGUUUAUGAGAAGGCAAAUCGAGCACGUCCUCGGCCCAUCUAUAUUCCUCUCUGUCUGUGUUGUCUCUUCACAAGCCCAGCUUGUUGUGGAGGCCGACACCUUUGGGAGUCAGGUGAGAAUUCGCGGCAAAGAGACCAACUUCUACCUGUGCAUGAACCGCAAGGGCAAGCUGGUGGGAAGGAAAGCCAGCAGUGGGAACGCUGAGUGCGUCUUCAUCGAGAUAAUGCUGGAGAACAACUACACUGCCUGGAUGUCGGCACGCUACGUGGGCUGGUACGUGGGCUUCACCAAAAGGGGCCGACCUCGGCGAGGGCCGCAGACUCUCCCCAACCAACAGGACGUCCACUUCAUGAAGAGAUUCCCUCCUGGAGAGCAGCCCAGCCUGCAGCACAGCAGCUUCACCACCGUGAGCAAGAGGGGCAGGAGGACGCAGGAGAGCCAUGCUCCUCCCGACCUCCACUCGUAACGCAUGGUGGAGGUUAACAUGCAGAUAUGAAGACUUCAGGCCACUCGGACACUCCAAGAUGACAAGUGGCAACGAAAGCUUUUGCUGCUUGACAUCUUUCGUGAAAAGAAGCUGACAUGCCUGCGUGAAAAGACUCCCCAUACCAGUAGUUUGCAUUCAUAAUCAAAAACAGAAAAUCCAGAAGACCCAGUAUCUUGAAAGACAAACAAACUAACCUAGCUAGUUGCUUCCGGAUCUGCACUGAUUUGCUAGGCUGAAAAGCUAAUUUAGGUACUCACGGUUUACUCAAGCAGACGACUGGGUGGUGAAAAGGACAGGCUAGGGCCUGCGAGACAAACCGCGAAAGGGAACAGUCAGACACAGGUACUCAAUGAUGGCCCAGCAGUGGCCGACAGUUGGCUUAGUGUGUCUGAGCCGUUCAUGCUUUUCUUCAACGGAUACUGAUGUUUUGGGGAGUCAUACAAACAGGAACCCACCUCCAGGUAGAGGUCAAAUCAAGGGUGGAGGCUUGUAGUCAAUCUAA